AUGGGAGGAAAAGAGUUUCAUAAUAUUUCAGCAAGUGAAUACAACCAAAUGACUUUAAAAGCUUUGGAGAAGCUGAAGGACCUUUACCGCGACAUUGCGCAGGUACCUAUACCACAAAAUGCUCGCUUACGACGUCACGGGAAAUAUUUUGAAAUUUCUUCAAUUUGGACGAGUCAUGCAGUGGAGUUAAAGAAAACAGUGAAAAUGCAGCGUUCAAGUUUGAUCGUGCAAAAAACCAAUGAACCGAUCAUGUAUGAGCUCGUUUCGACAACAUCGCUACCACUCACUGUCAUAGAAGAAGAACUAAUAGCUUUUUCCCAGAGCGAUUCAAGAUGCGCUACGCUUAUUACUUUACCUGAUGGUAAGGAAAAGAAACAAUACAUUAAGGUAUUCGACCAGAAGGAGCAUAUUGAAAUUUGCUUCAUUGAUGUAACAUCACCAAAAAAACAUGGUCUGAUUUAUAGUGAUGAAGAAUUCGGCGGUUUGAAAUGGUCGAAUGGCGAGGGUCAUUUAUUAUAUGCAGCCGAAAAGUUUGUCAAGAAAAAAGAAUACUACGAUGUCGAAUUGGAUUGGACUAACGAAGAAAAGUUUCUCGAUUCUAAUGUUGGCGAUAAGUAUGAACUUAUUGAAAACUGGGGCGAACAGCGAUACAAAAUUCGGGAACCAGUGCUAUCUGUAUUUGAUGUUAUGAGUGGCAGUAUCACUGUACUGGAUCAAAUACCUGACAGUAUUACUCCUACUUUUUAUUUUUGGGGCCCAAACGAUGAAGGAAUCGUAUUUUUUGGGAUUCGGAGUACUCCUGUCAAAUUGGGAAAGAUAUACUGCAAUAACAGGGAAGGAACAUUAUUCUAUUACGAGUUGGGUUCAGCAAAAUUAAUUCUAUUAAGUAAUAAAAAUGUCUCAAUCGAGGGAUUGUCAUUUUCUCCAGAUAAAUCUAAAUUGAUUUAUUUUCAACGCCAAUCUGGAGGACCUCAUUACGCAUCAGUUUCCUGUCAAUUGAUUGACUGGAAUAAAAGCAAACAACAACUAUUAGUUCCAAUCGUCACUGCAGUCGUCGAUCGUGAACAAUUUCCUGGGCUGUAUGCCGUGCAAUUAAUCGAUAGACCGUGGUCUAGUGAUAAUAAACGAGUAUUUGUUUCAACAGUGUGGGGUUCUAAAAGAGAAAUUGUAACUAUCAACACGGAAACAGGAAAAUUGGAGAAAGUUACGAAUAACGGCGUUUUCCAUGGAAGUUGGACGGUACUUGAUGUAAAUGAAGAUUGUUUGGUAGCGGCUUGUAGCGCGCCAAAUCGUCCUCCAACUAUCCUUGUUGGUCAUAUUCCAAAAGUUAAUUCGGGACAGAUGAUUAUAUGGACCAGACUUGAUAAUAGCUCAGCUGUUGAAGUUCGCUUGAAAUUACUCGGUUUUUCAUGGCAAUUGAUGAAUUUCGACAGAGGAGUUCGAGGUUCAUAUGAAGGUCUGCUUUAUAUUCCAAAUGAAACCAAUAUUGUUCCACUAGUUGUGUUACCUCAUGGUGGACCACAUAGCGUCACAAUUGCUUGUUGGCCAAAGUGUGAGAUUCUGUUAUUGUUGAAUUCCGGUUAUGCAUUGCUUUUCGUAAAUUAUCAUGGAUCGCUUGGAUUUGGUAAUGACUUUGUGAAUUCACUCCCCGGUAAUUGUGGUGAUUUGGACGUCAAAGAUGUUCAUUUUGCUGUUCAAAGAGUGUUAGACAUGGAAUCAAGGUUAGAUCGUUCGCGAGUUUCAGUAUAUGGUGGUUCACAUGGUGGUUUUAUUGUCAGCCAUCUGAUUGGACAAUUUCCUGACUUCUACAAAGUGUGCAUUGCUCGAAAUCCUGUUUUAAAUAUUGCAGCAAUGUACGAUUUGUCGGACAUUCCGGAUUGGUCAGUAGUCGAGGCUCUCGGGCGGAACGUAAAUGAUUGGCAAAGGAUAUUGACAGCAGAAGACCGUGAGAAAAUGUACCAGAGUUCGCCGAUUGCUCAUGUUGAAAAGAUUGUUACACCGUACUUACUUUUGAUUGGUGAAAAAGAUUUACGUGUUGUAAAUCAUUAUCGAGCUUUCAUUCGUAAUCUAAAUGCACGCGGAAUUCCUAAUAAAAUUCUGUCGUAUCCAGAGGCGUGCCAUUCCCUGGAAGAAGUUGACGUGGAGGCAGAUUGCGCAAUCAACACCGUUCGUUGGCUCGAUAAGUAUCUCCAUCAGUGA